AUGUCAAAAUUAAAAGCCAAAUCUUUUAAAACUUACUUUUUAUUCAAAAAUAAUAGAAAUAAUAAGAAUGAUGAGAAAUAUUCUUAUCAUGAAUAUGUAGUUUAUCAUUUGUAUCAUGGAAAUUUUACUCAUAAUUAUACAAAUAAUGAUAAAAAUAAUUUUGUAGCUGCUUAUAAUGAACUUAAACAAAAAUAUUUAGAAAGCAAUAUUAAGCCAAGAUUAACAAAAGUCGAUAAAGAUUUAACAAAAGUUUAUUAUGAUUUAAUAAAAAAAGAUUAUACAAAAAGUUAUAUAUUGACUUUAUUGCUAAUUGAAAUUAUUAGAAAUUUUGGCUGGAUAGAAUUUGAUUCUUCAGAAAAUGCUAAAAAGAUUUUAGCAAUUCAGAAUAUUAAAAAUUGGUCUAUAAAUAAAAAUAAAUUGUUAUUGACCAUUAGAAAUUAUAUAUCUGCUGCACCGAAGAAUGAGUUAUCUGUUAAUGAUCCAUUAUAUUCAGAUAUAAUAGAUCCUGAAAAUAUUAUAAGCUUAAAACCCACCAAAGAUCGUAGAGUUCAAAAAGUUGGUAAUAUUAUUGGAUACAUUACUGGUAGUAAUAAAAAUGAAGAUAAAAUAAAAUUAGGUAAAUUAGAUAAAGAUUCAAUUGACCGUAUUAGUAGAUUAUUAAAUACAGAUGAU